AUUAACAAAGAUGGCGUCAGAAUCAAGCACCCGGCAAAGGAUUCACGGAGUUAUCGAUGACUUGGAAGUCAUUUCCAAGGAAUUAAUAGAGCAAGUUGCUCUGCCCAAGUCUCAGAAGAAAGUGGAUGCUCCAGACACUGCUGACCUGAUGAGUUUGUUGAUUGGAAAAGACCAUGAACUGAAAGAGCUGAUCAAGACAGCUGAGGAACAAGAGAAAGUUCAAAAAGUGAUAGAUGCUUUGAAAGCUGAAGUUACAAAGAGGGACAAUGAAAUCAGGCAGCUGCAGAGAGCACUGAAGGAAGCGGAAACUAUCAUGGCCACUGCUGUUUACCAAGCCAGGCAAAAACUGGCCGCAGUCCGACAGGCUAAAGUGAACAAAGUGCCCUCGGAAGACCUCAUUAAGUACGCGCACAGAAUCAGCGCCAGCAACGCUGUUGCUGCGCCUCCGACCUGGGGCCCAGGGGACCCGCGGCGCCCGUAUCCAACUGACCUAGAGAUGCGACACAGCUUUAUUGCCAUGGGAACCUUCCCAGAAGCCUCCUCCUCCACUCCUACCACCGGUCCCGGCUCGCUGACCCGACUCUACUCACAGGAAGCCCAGCCGGCGUCGCACCACCACCACCACCCCUCCACCCCGCAGCAGUCCUCCCUGGCUCACCACCACCACCAGCCGCCCCACCACCACCCCUCCUCUCAGUCUCAACAGCCGUCGUCAGCGUCUUCAUCGCAAGGCCUUCCUCCGCCCUUCUCCUGGCAGCCGUCGCAGGAGAACCCCGUGACCUUAGGCUCGCACGGCCUCGGGGACAGCCUGAAGGGACACUCGAAGGAAGAGGAUGACGUGGAGCUGAUGUCUACGGAAUCUUCUAGUAGCAGUUCCAGCGACGAGUGAAAUGGGAAAUCAUUGGACUCUUUUAUUUUUGA